AUUUCACAAAUACUGUCAAAUUUUAAUUCUAUUUAGAGUAUAUUUCUCUUAAUAAGGUCUUGAGUUUAAAAAUUCGGAACCAUGGAUGAGAAUGAAAGGAUUGGUAUAGGCACUGCUUGUGGGUCAUGUUGCGGUAAUCACUGGAAGGGUAUAUUUACUGUUCUAAUACCAUUAAUUGUAUUACCUUUACCCGUGCUGCUUCGAUCUGAUGAGUUUAUAUGCUUGUACGUCGUUAUUGUUAUGGCGUUUUAUUGGGUAACGGAGGUAGCACCACUAUACAUAACUUCCUUACUACCAGUGUUUGUGUUUCCAAUACUAGGAAUACUAGAUUCAAAUACUGUUUGCAAACAAUACUUCAAAGAUCCACUUGUUAUGUUCUUGGGUGGUCUUAUGAUAGCUUUGUCUAUUGAAUAUUGCAAUUUGCACAAACGUAUCGCAUUGAUAACUAUCAAGGCAAUAGGCUGUAGUCCACGUCGUUUACAUUUUGGUCUUGUUGCGGUGUCUUCAUUUAUUUCAAUGUGGAUUUCAAAUGCAGCUACUACUGCUAUGAUGUGUCCUGUUAUACGUGCCGUCUUGGAUGAAUUAAAGGGGCAAAAUAUUAUUGAAAUCUACAAUUCUGCAGAUAAUGAGAAGCAAAUGGAUGAAAGAGAUAAAUCUCCCUCGCCAAUUGCUUUGGGUUAUUAUUUGAGUAGCGCGUAUGCAACUACUGUUGGCGGUUGUGGUACACUCAUUGGAACCGGAACUAAUUUGACUUUUAAAGGAAUUUAUGAUACACGUUUUCCAGAAGCCACCGAUGAAAUCAGUUUUCCAGGAUUUAUAGCUUAUGCACUCCCCUUUGUAAUUAUCAUGACUGGACUCCUAUAUUUUUCGAUGCAAAUAAGUCAUUUUGGUAUGUUUCGUCCAAAUAGUGAGAUAGGUAAGCAAGUAACUUAUGCAACUGAAAAUGCUGGAGUCGUUAAGAAGGUCAUCGACCAGCGUUAUGAAGAACUUGGACCAAUGUCAUGCCAUGAAAAACAAGUAGUGAUAUUAUUUAUUUUGAUGGUUGUGUUGUUAUUCACGCGCAAACCUGGUUUCGUUACUGGUUGGGCUGAAGUUGUCACUGAUAAGGCAGUUAACAGUUCUGCUCCAAUGGUAUUUGUUCUCUUUUGGCUAUUUAUUUUUCCAAUAAAUUGUGCCUGUUUGAAGUUUUGUAAAUCAAAGGCAAAGGGUCGUCCAAAGAGUCAACUUCCAGCGCUUAUCAGUUGGUUUUUUUUAAACAAAGAAACUCCAUGGGGCUUAGUUUUUCUACUUGGUGGUGGCUUUGCUUUGGCAGAAGGUAGCACGCAGAGUGGCAUGGCUAAGAUGCUUGGAAAUUCAUUGAAAUUUGCGCAAAGUUUUCCAAGUAGUAUAGUUCAAUUAUUUUGUGUGGUCACGGGUGUGUUCUUUACCGCCUUUAGUGCGAACGUUGCUAUUGCCAAUAUACUUAUUCCUGUUGUAAGCGAAAUGGCUGUUGCUAUAAAAAUUCAUCCAUUGUAUUUUGUAUUCCCUACUGGAUUAGCAUGCAGUAUUGCUUUUCUUUUACCUGUUAGUACGCCAGCAAAUGCCAUUGUCUCGGGAUAUGCAAAUAUCAAGACUAAAGAUAUGGUUAUAGCUGGCCUACUGCCAACAUUCUUUUCAAUUUUGCUUUUAUCAAUAAACGGUUUGACUUGGCAUUCUAUUAUCUAUCCUGGAUUAGAGUUACCAAGUUGGGCUAAAUAAUCGUUAAGAUUCAAAUAUAAAGGAAUAUAAAGGAAAAUAUUAAUACUACAAGAUAGAAGUACU